AUGGGUGGAGUCAGGGAAGACAUGAGCAGGCUACCCAAGGAGCCACAAGGUGACAACAGACCUCGGAGAGUAACCCAGGUCAGCAGUGAAAUUGCCGGUUCCCUGUCGCUGCUCCGGGUCCUGCACGGUGGGGAGUCCCGUGGUGCAGACCUGGGAGCGGAGGACACGGCGGGGUGUCGCGGGGACCCGAAACCUCCCCGGAGCCGCAGUCUCCGCGGGGCGGCCUGGGAAAGUCACCAGUCAGCAGCGCAGUGGCGGGAACCGCAGCCCGGCGGCCCUGGAACCUCCCAGCCCUAUUAUUGUGAAUUGUACUCAUUUUCAGAGAACUAUUGCAAAUGUGAUGCUGACCAUCAACAUCUGAAGACGGAAAAGGAGUCUUGUUGGUGUAAUGAGCUUGUCAAAGUGCUUCAUGACCUCUCUACAUGUGUACUUUAUAAAACAUGUGAAACUAUAGCAAACUCUAAUAACUACACAUGUAGUAACAACAGGGAUGCCUCUACUGACUCAUCAAACCUAGAGAGACAUGAAAACAUGCACACUGAAGAAGAACCUUGCAAAUCUGAAGACUGUGAGAAAUCUUUAAAUUUGUGUUCCAACAUUACUCAAGAUCAAAGAUUCUACACUGCAAAGAAGGAGCACAGGCAGGGAGAAUAUGAUGACUAUUUUGCCUCUGCAUACGGUCUUUUGCAACAAGCAAUUCGAGAGACACCACACCAAUGUGGGAAAUGCAGGAAAUGCUUCAGGACUGCCUCAAACCUCACUGAACAUGAGAGAAUUCAUACUGGAAUUAAACCCUACAAGUGCAAUGUUUUUGAAACAUCCUUUACCCAGCUUUCAAGUCUUAAUAUACAUCAAAGACUUCAUACUGGGGAGAAACCUUACAAAUGCAAAGAAUGUGGAGAGUCAUUUCAUCAGUUGUCAGCAUUUCAUAGCCAUCAGAAAUUACAUAAUGGAGAGAAACCUUACAAAUAUAAGAAAUGUGACAAAUCCCUUGCUCAGUCUUCUACUCUCAAGAAACAUCAGAAAAUGCAGAUUGUUGGGAGACAUUAUAUUUGUCAAGAAUGUGGCAAAGUCUCUCAUAGUUCUUCACACUUCAAAGAUCAUUCCAGAGUCCAUACUGGAGAGAAGCCUUUCAAAUGCAAUGAGUGUGACAGAGCCUUUCCCCACUAUUCAUCAUUGAGUAGGCAUAGGAAGACUCAUUAUCCAGAGCAAUUAGACAAAUGUAAAGAAUGUGGUAAGUCCUUUCUUGAAUUAUCACAUCUUAAAACUCAUUACAGAAUCCAUACUGGUGAAAAGCCUUUCAAAUGUAAGGUAUGUAACAAAUCCUUUACCCACCACUCAACCCUUAAAAAACACCAGAGUGUUCACACUGGGGAGAAGCCUUAUAAAUGUACGGAAUGUGACAAGUCUUAUACUAGAUACUCAUCUCUUAGAGCACAUCAGAAAAUUCAUACUGUAGAGAAACCUCACAAAUGCAAAGACUGUGACAUUUCCUUUAUCAAUCUUACAAGUCUUACAAAACAUCAGGGAGUUCAUUCUGGAGAGAGACCUUACAGAUGUGAGGAAUGUGACAAAUCCUUUACCAGUGUCACAGUUCUUAAAAGACAUCAGAUAGUUCAUACUGGGGAGAAACCUUACAAUUGUAUGGAAUGUGACAAGUCCUUUACGCAGGAGUCAAAUCUUAGAAGACACCUGAGGGUUCAUACUGGAGAGAAACCUUACAAUUGUGAGGAAUGUGACAAAUCCUUUACUAGGUGCUCCUACCUCAGAGCACAUCAGAAAAUUCAUAAUGGAGAGAAACCAUACAAAUGCGAAGACUGAUACAUCCUUUAUCCGGAAGACAUUAGAAAAUUCAUACUGGAGAGAAACAUACCAUUGUAAAUAAUGUGGCAUAUCAUUUUGCAGUAUUCUUUGCUUACAAAUCAACAGUAUAGAAAAUUGAAAC